AUGUUGAAGGCUCUCAGGCUUUUGAGGCAGGAGUGGUGCCUGCAUGAAGCGCGAGAAGAGCGAGUGUCGACUGCGAGGCCCGACAACCAUCCUGGUCUCGUCUACCACCAUGUCUCAGUUGAGGAUGACGGAACCAGCUCCAUGCUGCGAUUUCUGGAGGCAAGCUGCGACUUCAUCCACGCACAAGCACGUCACGGAGCGGUUCUCGUGCACUGCAAGGGUGGCAUCAGCCGCUCUCCUUCGCUACUGGUGGCAUAUCUAGUGAGGUAUGAGCGGCUGGCUCUUUGCGAGGCUUUCGAGGUCUGCAGCCUGGCGCAGCCGGCGGCGCGCUGCCCGGAGAACUUCCAGUGCGAUCUCGAGGACGCCAUGUUCCAGACGCUUGCUUUUGCGGCUUUGGCCAGUGUAGCUUCGGCAGACUGCGCGAUCCAGGCAGAGGCAGCAGAGGCCGCCGAAGCCUCGCUCUUUCAGCUGUCGCGAGCUCGGCAGCCCGAGCUGCCCCCCGCCUUUGGGGCUAUCGGGACUCUUCUCCGUGAUGAUCCCGUGCACCAGGGGACCUACAACCUCAUUUCUCGCUUCGUCCGGGCCUUUUACGAAGCUUGUCAGGUGGUGGGUCUCUACACUUCUACCGUGGAGACCUUUCCUUUGACCGUGGUGAAAAUGAACAACUUCAGCUCUUUUGGACUUGGUGUCACGAGCUACUGGCCCAUCUUGAGCCCGGAUUUCUUCGAAGCAGACACUUACUUGCCAUACACAUCGGAUGAGUACACUUUCCUCAUCCGAUGGCAAGCAGACCUGGAUUUACGUAUCGGGCUGUUCGCUGCCUCAACGAUCCUGUACAAAAUCACGCCGAUGGCAAUCGCUUACCACACUUACACUGCCAGCGCCGCCCGAAUCAGCAUUCAACAAGGCCCGCAGAUGCCAUUUGUACAGGGCUACGGGGACAACUGGCAGGAUGAUGGUUUUGCAGGGCAGCUAGUGGGGAACACGUUCCUGGCGUGCAUGCUGGAGAAGUCUGGAGAUGGCUGGGCUUUGGACCUGUCAGGUGCGGGUACUUCAGCAGCACCUGUUCAGGUGAUGAAGCGCAAGGCUGUUUCGGUUGCGCCUUCCAGUUUGCUGAAAGCCAUUGGCCACUUCAAGUGCGCAGACACGAAAUGUGCAAACGCCCGAAGUUUGCAGGUGGUCGCCAUUGAAGUUCAAGACCCUUCAUCCGGCAUGAUGCGGUUCUCACCUGAGGAUGGUGCGCAAUGGAGUCUUGCCAAGACCUGCUUGUACGCUUUAGCCAUCUUCGUGAUAGAAUGCUAUCACACGGGCAUCCAUCUCUUCGCCGGCGCAGUCACCUCAGCCAUCCGGAAAGCCGUUCCAGCUGGCACUUCCUUGGGCCAAGCAGUGAGCCCGAACACCCUUCAGACCAUUUUUGCACUCUUCGAGCAGGCAGCCAUCCUGCACUCCACUCAUGGCUCCGUCUUCUCGGGAACGGUGUGGUCUUGUAACAUCACCGCAGUUUGGGCUGUGACCAGGGAAAUGAGCCAGUACUUUCUGAACACGCCGCCACAGGACAUCUUGGGCAUGAGCGACGAUAGCCCAGAUUGGUGGGCCGGGAGAUCCUUCGCCUUCAUUGAGCCCAUCUCGACUUUUGCAAGCUUCGCGGCAGAGCAGGCAGUGAACCAGGCUUCCGAGCAAUCCGUCCUGCAGAAUCUGCAAGAAGAGUUGGCAUCGAUCGGCAUUUGGACUCCUCAGAGCUCCUUGAACGUGACUUCUGCGGAAGGCUUGGCCGCUCUUGUCAGGAACUUCCUCUUCGUGGCCGGCAUUUGUCAUUCGCACAUGUACCUCACUCGUGAGGUCUUCACGCCUCUUGCUGGCUUUACUGACACGGAGCCGUUCCUUCCCUACUUGAGGAGAAAGCAUUAUCUUUUGGGCUUUUGGGCUAUUGUGGAGCUGUGCUUUCCAACUGUUCCAGCAACAGUGAACGAGAUGAUGAUAGUCGCUUACGCCACAGCCUCUGGAUUCACGAAGGGAGUGCCAGAACUUGGCGAUGGGAAGUAUCCAAACAGCACAGAGCUUAACGGUGCCGUGGCCAGUUUUCAGCAGGGUUUGAAACGGUGCCGGCAGGAAGUGUACGAGAUGUUCGGCGGGUUUUACAACAAGACUUUUGUUCCAGGGUAUCUGUAUCCCGUGGAUGUGCCCAAGCCAUUUGGCUACGCCAUCACACAGACUGCAUAUGUUUGA